CACCAACAACACAUACACACACAUUUGAGGCUUGAGCUGUGCGAUUACCGACGGUUGAAAAAAAAUUUAAUUUUAACAAAACAAAUCAAAACAAUUCUAAUAGUAUUUAAAUAUAAAUAAUAAUUAUUAUUACAAUGGAGUUUGUAUUCAGUUCUUUAACAUACUUGUUACUCUUCGUGUUAACUGCGGUAUUAUUAUUCCUGAUUCAAGACGAAUUGAAAACGAAACAAGUGGACCACAGCACUGGUCUCGUCGAACCUCUAGCACCAAAAACGUGGCCGAUAAUUGGUCAUUUGUACUUGAUGGCCCGGUAUAAGGUGCCGUAUCGAGUGUUCGACGAUAUAAUGGCUGACUUGGGAUCCGUUUUCCGCUUGGAUCUGGGAUCUGUACCGUGCGUUGUCGUCAAUGGAUUAAACAACAUUCGCGAGGUGUUAAUGAUAAAAGGUGACCAUUUCGAUAGCCGUCCUUCGUUCCGCCGGUUCAACCAAUUGUUCAAAGGCGAUAAAAACAACUCACUGGCGUUUUGCGACUGGUCUCAGCUACAAAAAACCAGACGAGAGUUACUCAGAGCUCAUACUUUUCCCAACACCACGUCCAAUAUGUAUAGCCGACUGGACAAGUGCACGAAAACCGAACUGGCUGAUUUAAUAGACACCUUAGACACCAUGGCCGACACAGAAUGUGUAGACAUCAAGAACAUGUUGCUCCAUACUUGUGCCAACGUGUUUAUGUCGUACUUUUGUUCCACGCGGUUCUCCAGAUCAUAUGACAAGUUCAGAGAAUUUAUUCAAAAUUUUGAUAACGUGUUUUACGAAGUAAACCAAGGAGCACCCUGUGAUUUUCUACCCAGUUUAAUACCUCUGUACCACUGGCGUUUCAAAAAAAUCAGAACAUGGAGCUCAAAAAUCCGCAAUUUUAUGGAAACUGAAAUUUUCAACAAGAGAAAAGCUGAGUGGGUGCCGGGCACCAAGCCAGUGGAUUUCGUGGACAACUUGCUCGAUGCCGUCACACAGCUAGACAGAGACGACGGAUUUGAUAUGGACAUCGGGCUUUUUUCACUUGAGGACAUAAUCGGCGGUCAUUCAGCCAUCACAAACUUCAUUGUCAAGACGUUAGGAUUCUUGGUGAACAGACCGGACGUGCAGCGGCGUGUUCAAGAGGAAGCUGAUGCCGUGGUCCGAGCUUCCGGGUCAGUUGGGCUCUCCGACCGAUCUCAAAUGCCGUACACCGAGGCCGUCAUUUACGAAUCUCUGCGACUGAUCGCUUCACCAAUCGUACCACAUUUAGCAAACAGAGACACUUCGGUUGAUGGCGUCCGGAUCCCGAAAGGCACGACGGUGUUCUUAAACAAUUAUAGUCUGCACAUGAGCCCGGAACUUUGGAAAAAUCCAGAACACUACAGCCCGGAGAGGUUCAUAAAUGCAGAAGGGAGGUUAGAGAAGCCGGAAUACUUCAUACCGUUUAGCGGUGGAAAACGGUCGUGCAUGGGAUACAAACUGGUGCAGCUUUUGUCGUUCUGCACUAUUAGCACGCUGCUUAACAAGUAUACACUGCUUCCGGUCGAAGAUGUAUCGUACGAAGUGCCAAAAGGAAACCUGGCAUUGCCAUUCGUCACUUUUCCCUUCCGGAUCAGAUCCAGGAACUUCCGGAAACAGUGAGUCAAAAUCUGUUUGAAACACAGGUGAUCCUGAAGUGGAUACGAAAAUGACGGUCGUUCAGCGACGCGGAUUAAGCUUUUGUGUGUGUGUAUGUGUUUGUGUGCGCAAGCUUAUAUUUGAGAAAAUGUGUGUGUAUGGCAAUUAUUUGAUGAGUCUUGCGUAACUUUAGGCCCAAUCCAAUUAUUGUGUUAGGAGUGUGUGGUUUUGCAGUUACGUAAAACGAAAACGUGUAAUAGCUAUAGCUCGUCCAUCCGUAUUAAUAUUAAUAGCGAUACUGAUUAGUUUAUAGACCGGAAAAUGUUACCAAGAUAGUUUCAAAAUAAAUUAUUUGUGUUGAUUAUUUUAUUUAUUUGUUAUUUUUAUUUAUGUCGGCGCGAUUUAGUAAAAAUAUACAUUAUAUCGAUUGUUUCAUAGUGCGAUUUGUGAAUUACCUUUCUAGUCUUAAAAAAUAUAUAAAGGUCGGAUAGUUUACAAUUAAUUAUUGUUGGAGAAAAUGUUUUUAAAAAAAAAAAAAACUUUACAAAUUUAGCUCGGUUUGUAAGACUUAAUAAAUUUUUUUUAGGUAAUAUUUAAUAUUUAUGCAUAAAAUACAUUUAGUGAGGGUAUAAUUAUAUAUUUUAGAACAGGGUUUGGCAAUCUAGAUCCCACAUGCUCUUCGGGCAUUUCCAAUUAGGUCUGUCGUAUGAAUCAUAAUUUAAAAUAAUAAUUUGAAGUCUUAUCGGCAGUUAACCUGAUUUAGUUUUUUAGAAUAAAAAUAUUGCAGUUUGUUGAAUUGAAAAUAGUCUGUCUCUAUUUUGAUCUCCAUUUGAAAAAAAAGUAUACCCGACGCCGAUCCCUGUUUCAGAAUAUAAACCAAAGAUAAUUUAUUGUUAUUUCUGUUUAUUUUGUAAAUAUUUAUUGACUAGUAAGUUGUAGUUUUUAUGUGAAUACUUGUG